AUGAACACAUUAUAUUACUAGGUGCUUCCUGGGUGGACAUUGAAUAUCAACUGGUGCUACGUUUAGUCAAAUACUCGGUACAUACUGUGUUUUAUAUUAUCGAGUAUUUCUAUUACCAUUGAUAAAAAACACUUGAAAUGCUGAAUAGAGGUGUUUACAACAAUUUACUAGUCUUACGUGGCAGUUGAUUUAUACAAAAUAAUUUCGUAUUCUGCAAGUUUUAAAAAGUAAUUGUAUCGAACGGAAGUGUAUGAGUAGAUAAUUAUUUGUUACAUUUAAAUUGUUUUGGUAAUGUAAAGUUUGUACAUAUAUUAUAAUGUGUGGAGUAGAGAAUAAAAUGGCAGGAACCAAAGCAUUAAUAUUAGUAGGAGGAUAUGGUACUCGUUUGCGACCAUUAACAUUAAGUCGUCCUAAACCUUUAGUAGAAUUUGCAAACAAACCAAUGAUUCUACAUCAAAUUGAAGCACUUGUUACAGUUGGUGUUACUGAGGUAAUUCUUGCAGUAUCUUAUCGUGCAGAACAAAUGGAAAAAGAGAUGAGUGAUGAAGCAAAAAAAUUAGGAGUUCAUUUAGAGUUUUCACAUGAAUCAGAACCACUUGGAACUGCUGGGCCAUUGGCAUUGGCUAAGAAAUUGCUAACAAAUGAACAAAAUCAGCCUUUCUUUGUUUUAAACUCUGAUAUAAUCUGUGAGUUUCCUUUCAAAGAUUUAAUCAAUUUUCAUAAAUCUCAUGGUCGUGAAGGCACAAUUGUUGUGACUAAAGUUGAAGAACCCUCAAAAUAUGGAGUAAUAUUGUACAAUGAAGAAAGUGGACGAAUUGAUAGUUUUAUUGAAAAACCACAAGAGUUUGUAUCAAAUAAAAUAAAUGCGGGCAUUUAUAUAUUGAACCCUUCAGUACUAAAUAGAAUAAAAUUGGAACCAACAAGUAUUGAAAAAGAAAUAUUUCCUUUUAUGGCACAGGAUGGAGAACUUUAUGCUUUUAAUUUAAAAGGAUUUUGGAUGGAUGUUGGACAACCUAAAGACUUUCUUACUGGAAUGUGUAUGUAUUUAACAUCAUUGAAAACACGCAAACCAUCUAUGUUACAUACUGGUGAAGGUGUUAUAGGCAAUGUUUUAGUAGACCCAACAGCACGCAUUGGGGAAGGUUGUAAAAUUGGUCCUAAUGUAACUAUUGGGCCAAAUGUAAUAGUUGAAGACGGUGCAUGUUUAAGAAGAUGUACAGUACUAGCAGGGGCAACAGUUAAAUCACAUACUUGGCUAGACUCAUGUAUAAUUGGAUGGAGAUCAGUUGUUGGUUGCUGGGUACGAAUGGAAAACACCACUGUGCUUGGUGAAGAUGUUAUUGUAAAAGAUGAGUUAUACAUAAAUGGUGGCCAAGUACUACCUCAUAAGUCAAUUAGCAAUUCUGUGCCUGAUCCUCAGAUUAUUAUGUGAUCAAUGUUUUAAUUCACAAGCUUAUUAAUUGGAAUUAAAUAUUUAUAAAUG